AUAAAUACAUAAAAAGGAGUAAAUAUUCUUUUUAUUGUGCAGUAAAAAACCAAAAAAAAAAUCCUAUUUACUGCUCAAUAACAACAUGAAUCGUUCUAAUAGCUUUGUCAAUUCACUGAAAUGGUGGCCACUUCAGGGUCACAACACUAAUACAGGGUCUAAUGCGAAUGGUAAUACGACAUUUGGCAGUUCUGUGGCAGUGCAAAAGUUACGGGAAUCGAAAUGGUUUCAUCGUGACGAACAGCGUAUUUUCUGCGCUGUUAUCGAAUGCGGCUUCAUUGUUGAGAUGCGGAAGAGCACUGCAAGCAAUAUGCAACAACAAAACAACAGUUACGAGCAUGAAGACAUGCAGGAUGAGAACGAAACGCCUGUGACGUGGUUCGGCAUUGUGCUAUGCAAAUUGGCCAAAGAUAACAAGCCAAAACCAGAUUCGAUUGAAAUAUAUUAUGUGAAAAUUCGUGAGAAUGGCACAUUCAAAAUGAUCAAGCUGACAUUGGAAGAUAUAUGGAAAAAUGGCUGGGAGUUAAGAAUUAAUAACUUUGCUGAUAGAGAAAAGCAACCACAUAUUGAGAAGGACAUACGCAAUCAGGUCUCCUUUGCCCGAAAAGCCAAAAAUAGUCUCUGGAAUAAUAAUAAGCAUUUCGUUUACUGGUGCCGGUAUGGCAGUCGUCAACAAGAUGUCAGAAAAAGACAGAUGUCAGAGUGUGUAAAAUGGGGCAGCGUUGGAAUGAAUGCGGGCAUGUUGCUUGUGAUGAAUAAACAGAAAUCAUAUUCCACUUCAAAAUAAAAACUGCUUACUUUAAAUACAAUCAAUCAAAAGAAAAGAUUAGAGCGCAUUCUUUAUAUGUGAACGGUUGUGAAAAAGAAAAACAAUGGAGUAUAUAUAUACAAUAUUAAAAAUAAGACCUUCACAAUAAUUAAGAAUUGUGGUCUCGUGAUAAGAUAAAAGCCAAUCAAAAUGCAAAAAAUACAAAAUACAAACAUUAAAAUCGCACUGUUAAUGCAAACCAGAUAUGAGGAUUUACGCCUACUACGAACUGAAGUGAAAGUAUUACAAACUUGGAAUAUAUAUGUAUGUUUUAUAUAUGUAUACCCACAUAUAUAUCUACAUAAUAUACAAGAAUUAAAAUUUUUAAAUUUAAUUACAUCGCAGGACGUUGUAUAAACUAUUGAUGAUAAAGCAUUGAUUGUAAUUGAACUCCAUAAGUUUAUUAAGUUUCAGCUGAAUCAUAUGAACACAGAGAAUUUUACUUAUGGAUAUUGCUCCUUUUGGACACAUAUACACUGUGAAUUUAAAAAGACUUAUUUUUUUAUUUUUAUUUUAGUGAUAAUU